UAAAUAUGGCAGACGAAGUUGUGUUCGAGUACCUGCACAUGGAAAUGAUUAGCUAUUUAUAUAGAACUGCAGAAAAAAUUGAACAAGACCAUUGUAUAUCCAAAUUAGAAUCAUUGGGAUUCCGGGUAGGCCAGAGUCUCAGUGAAAGGUUUACAAAAGACUCCUCAAGAUUUAAAGAUGAGCUUGACACAAUGAAGUUUAUAUGUAAAGACUUUUGGAAUUCUGUUUACAAGAAACAAGUAGACAACUUGAGGACAAAUCACCAGGGUGUGUAUGUUCUUCAAGACAACAAAUUUCGGUUCCUUACACAGAUAUCUAGUGGGAAACAGUAUAUGGAUGCAGCACCAAAGUACUUAGCCUUUCCUUGUGGGAUGAUAAGAGGAGCUUUGUCCAACCUUGGAAUCAACUGUGUUGUGACAGCAGAAGUCAGUGCAAUGCCAGCUUGUAAAUUUCAGAUACAGAUACAAAGACUUUGAGACCUGAUCAAUGAUUAAUGUUUUGAUGCACCAGGGACAUGGAUUUUUGUCCGAAAUAUCGCCCAAAUCUUCGACAGAAACCUGGAUAAAUGAGAACUUCAUUUAGGUCCCAUUCACAUUGUGAAAUAUUUCCAUUACUGAAGAUAUUGAAAUUCUUGCUGCAGGGGGUGGAUUGUGUAUACAUUUUGCACACUAUUUGCAACAUGUUUCCAUUCCAGGAUAAAGUCUUUUUGUAACAGAUCUUAAAUAUUUGUACUGAUUCAUAUAUAGAAAGCAUGGGUGAAACAGUUAGGAUCAGUUUUCACUUUAAGCUCAGGUUGGUGAUGUACAGACCAAACAAACAUUAAUUGAUUUGUAGGAUUUUAUUUAACGUUUAUCAUGUAUAGGUUUUAGAAAUAAGUAUUAGUAUCAUUCUCUCAGUUUCACUCGAUUACAAUUCAGUGAAAUCUGUCUAAAUUGCACAUCAAAGGGACUCGCGGGAAUUUUCUUGUUUACAAUUGACAUCUUUAUUCAGACUACACAUACUGGAUUGAUGUGCAAACAUUAACGGUAAAACCCGUUAUAAAUCAGUCCAUUUCAUAUACUGUAAAGGUAGAAAUUUUCAUAAUGGAGAAAUUUUUGUUCAUUUCACUGUCACUUAAUGAGGAUGAAAACAGCAUUGUCCAUGUUAGACAUGUAGUUUGAAAAAAAAAAAUUAUACUCUACAGUAAAUAGUGCAAAUGAAUUUUGAUUUAUGCUUUCAAUGCUGGACAUGGAAAUGGGGCAUGCUUGUUAACACUCACGUCAUGAGCAAUCAUUUUAGUAUUUAGUAAGUGUAAAUGGACAUUCUAUAAUAGCUUAGCAUUAAAAAACAAAAUAACAUAAUAAAAUUACAACACAUCAAUGGAAAAUAGUAUAUACAUGUAGAUUCAUAUUAAAAAAGAAGCUGUUUCAUAUGACAUUAAUGAUUAAAGAAUGAUGAAGUUAUUGUCACUAAACCUGAUCCACGUGAUUAUUAGAGUUGAUAAAAAACUACCAUUAGUGUUGAAUCCAAGGUUCCAAGAAACCCCCAAAUGAGGGGUUUUCACCCCCAAAACGUUGGUUGUUUCCCUAUUUUCAAGAUUUUCCUCAUAUAGCCAAGUACCUAGGGGUACAGAAUCUUGGAAAUGUAUCAUAUAUGAAUAUGCACACGUUUUCUUAAGAGUAAUGAAGUGAUGCAUGUGUUAUGGCUGGAUUUGAAUCAUUAGAUACAAAUGUUAUCAUUAGAGAGUUGAAUCAAUGUAUAUACAUGUUAUGAAUAUCAUUUUUGCAUCAUAUAAAAUGAG